AUGGACGCUGAGAUCAAGCAUAGGAAUUCUGAAAAGACGUUCAAGUUUGUCACGCCUGCUGCUGACUCUUCUAUUGAGGUAUUGAAUGACUUUUACUGGACAGACACCGAUGAACCGCAUGUUGCCAGGAGAAAGAAGAUCCUUGAAAAGUAUCCGGAAGUUAGGAAAUUGACGGGCCACGAGCCCAAGACCAAGUGGUAUGUCACGGCAAUUGUUUUAAUGCAGAUUGGGAUUGCGUACUAUCUUAGAAACACGCCAGUAUUUUCGUGGAAGUUUAUGACGUUGGCGUAUGUUAUUGGGGCCACCGCCAACCAGGCGAUAUUCCUUGCCAUUCACGAGUUGUCGCAUAACUUGUUGUUUAGAAAGCCGCUCUACAAUAAGAUGUUUGCUGUGUUUGCCAAUAUUCCUAUUGGGGUUCCUUAUUCGGCCUCGUUCCAGCCAUACCAUCAGUUGCACCACAAGUUUUUGGGGGAUAUGUACUUGGAUACUGAUUUGCCGACCGAGUAUGAAGGGCGGUUCUUGUCGAAUUUUCCUGGGAAGGUAUUUUUUGCGAUAUUCCAGAUCUUCUUUUAUGCGUUGCGGCCCAUGUUUGUUACGCUGAUCAAGUUUACAUAUGUUCAUUUGGUGAAUGUUGUUUUCCAGGUAUUGUUUGACCACAUUAUGGUGACGAACUGGGGGUGGAAGGCGUUGGGGUACUUUAUUAUGAGCACGUUUUUGGCGGGGUCGUUGCACCCCUGUGCCGGGCACUUUAUUGCCGAGCACUAUGUGUUGAAUGAGAAUAAUGUGCCACGCCACCAGAAGAUUGGCGGAACAAACAUUUCCAAAGAGUUGUUGCCGGCCGAGACGUACUCGUACUAUGGAUCGUUGAACAUGCUUACCUGGAAUGUCGGGUACCACAAUGAGCACCAUGAUUUUCCUUAUAUUGCGUGGACAAGAUUGCCAGAGUUAAGGAGAAUUGCUGCUGAGUUUUAUGACCCGUUGCCACAGGUUACGUCGUGGUGUGGGGUUAUCUGGUGGUUUAUUUUUAAUAAAGAGAAUAAAGUGUGGAAUAGAGUUAAGCGUGGAGGUAAGGAGAAGCACGGAUAUAGAAUUAGUAGACUAGAUGAGAAUUAG